UAUCAUGAUACAAGUUGCGAUACACCCGAAGAAAUCCGUACCUCGACAAGAAAGUCGGACUGGUAUUUCAUCAGAUCGUGCGAACUCUAUUAACUUGAAAGAUGCGGGUGUCGAAAAAAGAAAGGAUUCACUCCGCGAACUUUGGUGGAAAUUUGUAUCCGAGACAACUUGUCAUGGAUUUGGAAAAGUAGGCACCGUGCGAGGAAACCGAUUGAGAGGAGUUUUAUGGAUACUUUUCCUUCCAACCUCACUGGUUUCCAUCGUCUGGUUUUUGAUAGACGAGUUUCGGAGUUACUACUCAUAUCCGUUUCUAAGCAAAAUAUCUCUGGAGAGUUUCGAAAGAAUGCAAUUUCCCGCGGUUACUAUCUGCAACAUGGGUUCCAAGAACAAAUCAAGAUCUUCUAAAUCUCAAAAAGAUACUGAUUAUUGGUUAUCGAUCUCCACCAUGGCGGCUUUUAGCAAUGAAGUGGACUGGAAUGAUUCGUAUUACAAGGAAAAUGGAUAUUUUGAGCCAAAUAGUUUGGAACAAGAACUGAGCAUGGACGUCUCAAAGUUUAUUUUGACGAGCACCUUCGACUUCCUGGAUGGACAGGUGUUCGAACCUAUCCUGACCUCUUUAGGGGUUUGCUUUACAUGGAACGGUAACGGAAACGUGACUACAAAAAUGAGCGGAUCUCUUUACAAUCUUCACGUCCUACUGGACAUACAUAGGGAUCUUUAUGAAGCCGGAUUCAUCUCCACGGCUGGAGUCAAGGUUGUGGUACAUGAGCCAGGCACCGUACCGGAUCCUAUCAAUCAGGGGUUUGUUGUCGCCCCCGGAGUGUCUGCAUUGGCAUCCGUGUCCAAGAAGAGGUUUACCUUUUUGCCAUAUCCGUUCAAAGCAUUUGCGGAUGGGUAUUGUUUGAACACAGAUGCUCCAGAUUUUGUCAACAAAUUUCAUCCCAGACCGUACAGUGUUGGCAUUUGUAAAAAGUUCUGCCUCUCAGAAUUAAUAUUCAAGAAAUGUGGUUGUGUGCGGGUUGGUGAUUUAGGAAUUCACCCUAUUUGUUCAAAGUACCAGAUCUCGAAAUGUUACCUGAAAGAAAUAGUGAAACUGAUAUACCGGGAAGCUCAGAAUGUUAUCCAUUGUGACUGCCCCUACCCGUGCCAGCAAACGAAUUAUGACGUCUCAGUGUCCACUAGUCAGUUUCCCUCCGAUAUUUUGGUCCAGAUUCUGUCUUCACACUUCAACACAUCAAAGGAACGAUUAAAGGACACCAUAUUGGAAAUAUCGAUAUUUUAUGACAAGCUGAAUUACUUCUGGACGAGGCAAAUUCCGAAGUAUGAAAGAAUAGGAGAUGUCUUGGCUAACAUUGGUGGCCAGAUGGGAUUAUUCAUUGGAGCAAGUGUUCUCACAAUAAUGGAAUUCAUGGAAAUAAUGUUUUUAGUCUUGCUGUUUAUCUUCAAACAACUAAGCUCCAAGUCAAGAAAACAUCCGAAAGACAAUGGUGCCUAGCAUCUUAUUUUUUACGAGAGAGAGAAAGAGUGAGAG